UCCAAGCUAAACGAAUCGUCCAUCUCGAAAACCGCUCACUAGGCCGCCUUGUGCCACAACGAAGUCGUACCGUUCGCGAACGCCAGAGGAUUACUGUGAACCCGGAAGUGCCAACGUCGUAUCACCGUACAGCACGGCUCCUUUCCCCUUUUCUUCUCGCACCACAGCAUAUCAGCAACCGUCGGGCUUUUGUUGUUGCGGCUAUUGUUUGUGUGCAUGAACGAGUGCGUGUAUGUGCGCCGCCCAUCGUGUUUAGGCCAGUGAGUGAGUGCGGAGCAGUGCGACUUACCACCAACCGGGCAGUCAACGGUUUCGGCUUACGUUCGCCGUAACAAGCAUUAAUUUAUUACAUUAACGCACCAAACGUGCCGCGCAGUGUUAAGGGCGCUCGUAACGAAGGAGAGCGUUUCGCACCGGAAACCCUGCACAGCGCUCAGCGAGACUGUGUGUAGGUUGGAUCCCUUGAAUCUACCGUCGGUGGACCUUGGAGACGUGACCACGUUGACACGCCAGCCGUCAUACAGAUUGAUGCUCGGCGCUGGAUAAAGCACCGACUCGGCACGAAACAGAACGAACGACCAGCCAACCAAGGAGCGCAGCAACAGCAGCAGCAGCAGCAGCAGCAGCACACAGUCCAUAACUGGCACAAAAAUGAGUUCAAAGGCAUUACCAAAUCUAUUUAUGCUAUCAGCGGCGGUAAUUGCGCUGAUGGCGGUGCUGAUCGCCGGACCGCAGCCGGUGGUCGCCAACGACAGCCAGAACAUUAACCGACUGCUGAACAAUCAGGUGAUUGUAAGCCGGCAGAUCAUGUGCGUGCUGGAGAAGAGCCCCUGCGAUCAGCUCGGCCGGCAGCUCAAAGCGGCACUACCGGAAGUGAUACAGCGCAACUGCCGGAACUGUUCGCCCCAGCAAGCCCAGAACGCACAGAAGCUGACGAAUUUCCUGCAGACGCGCUACCCAGAAGUGUGGGCCAUGUUAAUACGCAAAUAUGGUGCCGUUUAAGCAGCAUCCUUCCACUCAUCGCAGGAUCGGAGGAUCGACUUUUUCCUCUUUCUCUUUUUUCUACGAAACAGAUUUACCUUCUAAGCGAUACGCCGAGCACGGGCCACUAAGCGAGCGUGGUCGGAGUGAAAAGUUAUACAUAUAAAAUGGGAAGAAAAGCUGACAGACGGAUGGGAAUGAAUGGGAAGUGAAGUCUUCGCGCAAAUCAAUCGUCCAACCAAAGCUAAUGGAAGCAGAGAGCAUAAGCAACGAAGUAGGAAAGCCACAACGAACAACGAAGAAGGACAAGCGUGCCAGCGAGCGAACGAGCGAACGAGCAUACGAACGUCGCAUACGUCCGAACGCAGAACUGUCAGAUCAGCAUCGUCACAUAUCCAGCGCUCUUCUCCCCCGGGAGCUUCUAUUCAGCAGAACGGCAAUCAGUUGCGAUGCGAUGGCCAGCAGGGAAAAGCCGAGAUGGGAAAUGUCCGCUUGUCGUGGUUGCCGGCAUCGACGAAAGUAUGGACGUGACGAUCAUAAUGUCACCGAAACAGCAUCGAAUUCUCCGAAGCGCAGCCAGUGUGGUAGUGAUUCUUCUUUUCCCCACCCGUUGCUCCUUCCUUUUUAUGCUGCCAACCAGCCAGCCUGACCGACGUCAACAGCUACUGCUAAGGCUUCGGGAAAAAGAUUCCGCGUUUCGUGCGAAGCCAAGCGAAGCGCGGCUACUGCUUAACGCUUUCUUCGUACUUCCUCUCCAACGGAACAUAACCGGAUUCUUUCGCCCAGCCCCAGGCCGCUGGUGACAAGCGGCUUAACGAGUUUGCUGUUUGACGGUGCGCUUAAUUUGUUUGUAUCGCAACGUCGGUGGCGCAUAAUCGGAUUAUGGAUAUGCGUGUUUGGCUGGCUGGCUGGCUGGCUGAGCUGGCUGAGUGUCCAUGGUUAUUCCGCUCGUUCAUCAGCAGCCACCACUAGAGUCAAACAGUCACUGCUAACGGCUAGAAUUAAUAUCAAAUCAACAGAACUAUGUGAUAGCAUCAUAUCCUCCCCGACCCCUGUCGAGGCGAAAGGCAACGGGAACCCGUUUGCAGUAUCAGUUCACUUUCCCGAACGAAAUCGCAGAGUUCGCGAAUGGUCGCAUCAAAGGCAGACGAACGCCGGCGGCCUCAUCAUGGCGGAGAACAACAAUAUCAACCCCUUCCUCUCGUGUUUUCCAUCCCGAGGACAAAAUAUCAUUUACCCUAGCGUAGGAUACCGUCGGUGAGCAUAGGUUUGCAUAAACAGUACAACAACGAUCAGUUAUCUCUGUCAAGGGGCGCCGCCCCUGUCGUCUGUAGAGUGACUUUUACAGGCCAGGCGGGAAUUCCUGUUUGAAGCCUGAUCGGCUGAUUUCCCGUCAGUGUUUGGUUCGUUUGAUGGAAUAAAGAUGAUUGAAUGGA